AUGUCCCAGCGAAGCGUACCUUUUGGCAAACUGUUCAGAGAGAUCCACUUCAAGGAAUUGGAUCCGGAAUACCUCGCCGUAAACCAUGGUGCCUAUGGGAUGACUCCGUCAUUAGUUUUCAAAAAGUUUAAAGAGGUAAUGGAGGAUGACUAUUCCAAUCCUGACUAUUUCAGAAGAGUCGAACAACCAGCCAUAUACGUGGAAACCUUGAAAGAGCUAUCUACUGUUUUGAACACUGACUAUCGUAAUCUUGCACUUGUAGACAAUUCCACAUCGGGAAUCAAUACUGUCUUACGAAGCUAUCCCUUCAAAAAAGGUGACAAGAUUGUAGCUCCGUCUACAGUCUUUAACAAUUGCGAAAAAACGAUCGAGUUUUUGCAAGACAGAUAUGGUAUUAUCUACGAGUCGGUGGAACUAAACUAUCCACUUGAAGAUUCAGAGAUCCUUGCCUUGUUUGAAGACAUACUUCAGAAAGGAGAUGUAAAACUUGCCUUGUUUGACACUGUAAUUUCAACUCCGGCAGUCCGGUUUCCGUUUGAGAAAAUGGUUAAAUUGUGUCAAAGCUUCUCUGUUUUAUCAUUUAUUGACGGGGCCCAUUCAGCAGGAUUGUUGCCAAUAGAUUUGGACGAGAUUCAGCCCGAUUUCUAUGUUAGUAACCUACACAAAUGGUUCUUUGUUCCGAGAAACAGUGCUAUAUUGUAUGUCUCCAAAAAGAACCACAGAAAAAUCCACACAAUGCCAAUUGUGUCUUCAUAUGUAGGGGAUGAGACAGAAGUUCUGGCAGAAGAAGAAAACAAUUGGUUGAUCGACAGGUUCGCCGAUGUCAGUACCAAGAAUUUUGCUGCUGCUGCUUCCAUUAGAACAGCCAUAAAGUUCAGACAAGAACAGUGUGGAGGAGAAGAAAGCAUUCGCAAUUACUGUUACGACUUAGCUAGGAAAGCUAGUGAGCUUGUCAGCAACAAAUGGGGCACAUCUGUUCUCGAGAAUGAAGUCAGGUCCUUGACUACAGCUAUGUUCAACGUCGAGGUUCCUUUAGAACAGCUUGGUUUAAAUGUAGAUGAUUACAAAGAGAACGCCAACGAAUUGUAUUUUCUGAUGCAUAAGGGCAAAAGGGUUGUUGUUCCGUUAUUCAUCCAUAAUAAUAAGGUGUAUGGUCGAUUCAGUGCUCAGAUCUACAACGAGCUAGAUGACUAUGACAAGGCUUCAGACAUUGUAUAUCAAUUGUUUGUGAACAUAGCCAGAAAAAAGGCGCAAAAACAAUUUUAA